AUGCCUCCAAGCAGAGCGGACCGAUUGGCCGAGCUCCGUGCUGCAAGAAAGGCCGGCAAGACUGCCUUCUCAUCAUACGAAGUCCAGGACGAGGAACAACUCUACGAGACCGUCGACGAGGAUAGUUACAAGAAGAUUGUCAGAAAGAGGCUCGACCAGGACGACUUUGUUGUCGACGACAACGGCGAAGGCUACGCAGAUGAUGGUCGUGAGGACUGGCAGAACGAGCAACGCCAAGAUUAUGAUGAUGAGAGUGACGACGACCUGCCGGCGAGGGGAAAGGCUGCAAAACGUAAGCGCGACGAGGACGAACAGAAGAAGGACAAGAUCAACAAAGGCAUCAGCAAAUACUUCAACGCAAACCCGACUGUCGCCGCUCCAAAGCCCAAGCCCGCCACGACUGCUGAAGAUGCCGCAUUCAUGGCCGACCUCCUCGGUGAGGUCAAUGCCAACAUCCCCUCAUACAAGCCUAGAUCAAACUUGAAUCCCAUCAAGUCAGAGUCCCGCCGCAAGACGAGAGUCUUGUCACCACCUGUCCAACAGAUGAGCCAUAUUCCCAAGUACGACCCGAGGACUAGACAAGCCGACUCUCCGCCAGCUCCCGUAGACGACGACACAUACUUCCCUAUGGAUGAAGGUCUGUUCCCGCCGCCCGAGGACAACGACGUACCCAUGAGCGACCCCAUGCCUUCCUCUCCCGUUGCAAAGGCUGCACAACGAAAAGAAUCAAACGUCAAGGUCGAGGAAGACGAGGACGAGGACAUGCUCGAAGUUGCUCAAGUCACGAAUCAAUCUUCACGAAGCACCGCCGCCAUCAACAUGCGUGGAAACAGGCCUAUCCCGAAGAUUAUAAAGACCGACUACCCGACACCAGCAAGCUCUUCUCCUUCAAGGCAGGCCCCUGAAGCUAUCGACACCUCGGCAUUGACCAACGUCACCGACAAGUUGAAUGUGCUGAGCAGUUCUGGUGUGGAGACUGUCACAUUUGGCAAACUGGAUCCUCAACACGCUCAAGAGGAAGAUGGAAGUGUACGCUUCUUCUGGUUCGACUACACCGAGAUCAACGGCGGUUUGUGUCUAUUCGGCAAAGUCAAGGACAAGUCCACCGGUCGCUUUGUCAGUGCAUUCGUCAAGGUCGAUAACAUUAUGCGUAAACUCUUCUUCCUUCCUCGCGAACAUCGCAGAAAGCACGGUCGUGAGACGGAUGAGGAAGUCGAGAUGGGUGACGUCUACCAAGAGGUUGACGGGCUCAUGUCGAAGUUCAAGGUCAACAUGCACAAGAUCAAGCCGUGUUCGAGGAAAUACGCCUUUGAAUUGCCAGAUAUCCCGAAAGAAGCCGACUACUUAAAGUUGCUCUAUCCAUACGACAAGCAGCCUCUGCCAACGGAUCUCCAGGGAGAGACUUUCUCACACGUCUUUGGUACCAACACUGCCCUUUUCGAACAGUUUGUUCUCUGGAAGAACAUCAUGGGUCCUUGUUGGCUCAAGAUUGAUGCAGCCAGCAUCAACUUCAACGCCGUCAAGAACGCUUCUUGGUGCAAACUGGAGAUGCUCGUUGACAAACCUCAAGGCAUAUCUACUCUUGGAGAUACCGACAACCUAGAUGCCCCACCAUUGACUCUUAUGAGCAUUGCCCUUAGGACGAAGCUCAAUGAGAAGGACAACAAACAGGAGAUUCUGCUUGCCAGUGCUCGCAUCUACGACAGCAUGUCAUUGUCAGACACCACAGCACCCGAGAAGCUUCCCUGCAAGACCUUCACAGUCAUGCGUCCAAACGGUCCAGAUUACCCUGUAGGAUUCAAGACCGAUGCUGAGAAAUAUCGCGGUAACAUCCAGAUGGAGAAGAGCGAAGGUGCAGUUCUCAGCAAGUUCCUGGCCCUGCUCGACCGAAAUGAUCCCGAUGUCUUGAUCGGUCACAGGCUCGAUGAUGUCGACUACACACUCUUGCUCAGCAGAAUGCGUGAAUGCAGAACUCCUGGUUGGCACCGCAUUGGAAGACUGAAGCGCCACGAAUGGCCCAAGAACAUCGGCAAGGGUGGUGGCAGCUUCUUUGUUGAGAGACAGCUCGCAGCAGGAAGAUUGCUUUGCGACUUGGGCAACGACAUGGGCAAGUCUCUGAUGACAAAAUGUCAGUCAUGGAGUCUGGAUGAGAUGUGUGAUCUGGUCCUGGGAGGCGAAAACAAGCGUCGUGAUAUCGACAAUGAUGUUCUGUUGAAGAUGGCUACCAAUAGAGCCGGUCUGAUGCAAUACAUCAAGCUUGCCGAAGCGGACACAUUCUUCAUCGCUGCUAUUGCUCUCAAGGUGCAAAUGCUUCCGCUUACCAAGGUUCUGACCAAUCUGGCUGGAAACUCAUGGGCCAGAACACUGAGUGGUACUCGUGCUGAGCGCAACGAGUAUAUUCUGCUUCACGAGUUUCACAAGAACAAGUACAUCUGCCCUGACAAGAUUUGGGGCAAGGGUAAGGCAAAGUCUGAUGAAGACAAUCCGGAAGGAGAGGAAGGUGCAGACGCCAAGAAGAAGGACAAGUUCAAGGGUGGUCUAGUCUUCGAGCCUGAAAAGGGCUUGUACGACAAGUUCAUCCUUGUCAUGGAUUUCAACUCUCUGUAUCCCAGUAUCAUUCAGGAGUACAACAUUUGCUUCACCACGGUCGAGAGAUCAGAACUCAACGAUGACGAAGAAAAAGUUCCCGAAGUCCCAUCGGAUACCAAUAACAAGGGUAUCCUUCCUCGACUGAUUAGAACCCUCGUCCACCGUCGUCGCGAAGUCAAGAAGCUCAUGAAGGACAAGACCGCCACUGUCGACCAACUCGCAACCUGGGAGAUCAAGCAAAUGGCUCUGAAGCUGACUGCCAACUCCAUGUACGGAUGUUUGGGAUACACAAAGUCGCGUUUCUACGCUCGACCUCUGGCUAUGCUCACCACGUACAAGGGUCGUGAGAUUCUGCAGUCGACCAAGGAUCUGGCAGAGUCUGCUCAUGGUCUGAGAGUCAUUUAUGGUGAUACUGAUUCGGUCAUGGUCAAUACCAAUGUCGACAACAUCAUGGAUGCUAUGAAGAUUGGCAACGACUUCAAGAAAAGUGUCAAUGAACGAUACGAGUUGCUUGAGAUCGAUAUCGACAACAUCUUCAGACGUCUGCUUCUGCACGCAAAGAAAAAGUAUGCUGCAGUCAACAUGAUUGAAAAGGACGGCAAAUGGAUCGACAAACUCGAAGUCAAGGGUCUCGAUAUGCGCAGAAGAGAAUACUGUGCGCUGAGUAAAGAUACCUCGACUGAGCUUCUGAACUUCUUGCUCUCUGGUGAGGACCCAGAGACUGUGGUUUCUCAGAUCCAUGAUCAUCUUAGGGAAGUUGCGUCACAGAUGCGUGCCAACACCAUUCCUCUCCGCAAAUACACCAUCUACACCCAACUGGGAAAGAAUCCAAAGGAAUAUCCUAAUGCGAAUAGCAUGCCUUCUGUGCAGGUAGCUCUGAAGCUCAUGGCCAAGGGCAAGCAUGUCAAGGCCAAAGACGUCAUGUCCUAUAUCAUCUGCAACGACUCCUCCGGCAGCGCGGAAAGUGCAGCAAAGAACGCUUUCCCAGUGGAUGAAGUGCUUCGUGCGGAGAACGAAUUGGUGCCUGACAUCGACUACUACCUACACAAACAGAUCUUACCUCCUGUGGAACGUCUAUGUGCUCCCAUCGAAGGCACCAAUGUAACGCUACUCGCCGAAUGUCUAGGCCUGGACACGAGUAAGUACCGCGUCAGCAGCACCAGCAACACCAACACCUACAACGCCGAAACCGAAAUCCACCCCUUGGAAUCCCAAGUGCCUGAUGAAAUACGCUUCAAAGACUGCGCACCCCUCGGUCUCCUCUGUCUGUCCUGCCGCUCACCAUUUCAAUUCCGCGGUCUAGGUGUUCUUGCAUCUCCAGAUCAAGAAACUCCUAGUGCCAAGGUUGAAAAUGAUGGGAUUCAUUGUCCGGCUGCUUCUUGUGGGAAAUUGAUGGCUCAGAUUUCGCUGUCUGCGCAGUUGGAGAGUCAGAUUAGAGCGCAUACGGCUGAGUAUUACGCCGCUACUCUGGUCUGUGAUGAAGCGACUUGUGGCAAUCGUACACGACAAAUGAGCGUCUAUGGUCAUCGCUGUCUUGGUCCUCGUGGUCUUGCGUUUGGCUGUACUGGGAAAAUGCACCUCGCAUAUUCGGAAAAAGCAUUGUAUAACCAAUUACUCUUCUUGUCCAGAUGCUUUGAUGUGGACAAGGUCGUCAAGGAGCAAGAAAAGAAGAAAAGUGAAGAGGCUGAGAGAGUGGUGGUUGUUGCAGAGGUUAACAGGAGAGGGUUUGGGAGUAUGAGAGCGGUGGUGGAGGGGUAUUUGGAUAAGAGUGGGUGGGGGUGGGUUAGUAUGGAUGGGCUUUUUGGGUUUGCGCUCAAGGCUUUGGGGUGA